GGGGUAGACGCGGCCUCGUGACCGCCAUAAAUUCCAUCGGCGCCCCGACGGCAAACACGAGAGCAAGCACUUUUAGCAACUAACUCACCUCCUCACCACCAGAAAUUUCAAUUCCGGUCUCUCCUUCCCUCUCUCUCUCUCAGUCGUCCUUCCGGAGAUCGAUCGAUGGGGAAGAAGACGAGCUGGCUGUCGACGGUGAAGAAGGUCUUCAAGUCCAAGGAGGCGACCCACUCGCCGUCCAAUCGCCGGAGGGACAGGAAGAGGGAGGCGGCGGCGGCGGCCGCAGCGGCAGCGCCGUCGGAAGCGGAGGAGAACAAUGAGGUGUCCUCCGAGAUCUUGUCCGUGGAACAUUUCCCAGUCGAGACGUCGCCGGAUGCGACCAACCACGGCGGCGGCGAGGAAGAGGAAGAGGAAGAGGAGGAGGAUGAUCGGGUGGUGGUAGUGGAACGGGACCGCGCGAUAGCUGCGGCGACGAGGGCUGCAGCGGCCGCCGCGGAGGCGGCGGCGAGAGCGGUGUGGCUGGCGGGCGGCUCGCGGACGUCGAAGAAAGACCGCGCGGCGGUCGUCAUCCAGUCUUUCUACCGUGGUUAUUUGGCACGGCGAGCGCGGCGAGCGUUGAGGGGACUCGUGAAGCUGCAGGCGCUGGUGCGAGGCCACCAGGUCCGGAAACAGGCGUACACGACCCUGCGCUGCAUGCAGUCGCUCGUCCGCGUGCAGGCCCUGGUCCGCGCCCGCCGCCUCCAGCUCGCCACCACCCACCGCAACCUCCUCUUCUCCCCUUCCCCGACUGACCACGACACCUACCGCCUCAGUCACAUGAAAAGCAGAGGGACGCAGGAUUACCACCGCCUCGACGUGGAAGAAGACGACGAUGGUGACGGCGAAGAGGGGGACGCAACCAAUCGACGACCCAUGUGCGCGAUGAAGAGCCCGCUAAGGGGUUGGGACGGACGACAGCAGAGCAUGGACGCCGUCUCCGCCGACUCCCAGAGCAAGCACGAAGCCGCGGUCCGCCGCGAGAGAGCCCUCGCUUACGCGUACACUUGCACGCAUCAGCAGUGGCCGCCGGAGCAGGGGAAACCCCAGUGGGGCUGGAACUGGCUUGAGCGGUGGAUGGCUGUGGAGCAGUGGGAGGCCAGGCGUGGCGGCCUCCGGCCGCCACCCGUGAGCUCGUACGUCACGGCCACGGCCGCCAUGGACGGCCUCUCGGAGAAGACGGUCGAGAUGGACCCUGGAAGAGCCAGCCCAAUCAAUCCGACCACUCGCUACUCCUACCACUCCAAAGAUGAGCCCGCCCGACCACGGGCCGCGGUUCCAAGUUACAUGGCAGCCACGCAGUCCGCCAGAGCCAAGGCGCGGGCCCAGGCGCCACCGCCAGCCAUGGCCAAGACAGGGAUUGGGAGAUUACGCCCAGGCCAUGCUGCCGACUCAUCAAGCUCCGGCGGGGGCACGUCAAUGUAUCUGGCCGCUCGAAGCCCCGGUCACGGAAUUAGGCUUAAUGCGCAGAGAAGGCAGCAUACUGGCUAUAGUCCUGACUCCAGCUGCGACUGAUAUGACAACGCGCCGCCGCUCCGAGAAAGGGCAGGGAGGAUCUCUGUUAUCCGCUUCGUUUGAUCCUCCAUUGAAGAAAAGAAAACAAAAAAAUUGUUUCAUGAUGAAAAAUAAUGAUGCUAUCAAACCGGACUCGCCGGUUAAAAUAUUAAGUUCAAGCACUUGUGUAAAGGUUCUGUUUUCCUUUUUGUGCCUAUUUGUGGUGUACUCUUUGUAUGCGUAUGCUAAGUUCUUUACAUUUAUUCUAAGUGGAAGUGUACGUGUU